AUGGAGCGUCGAUGGCGGCGGAAUGGUCUGGCAGUAGGCUUGCUGGUAGUGGUGUCCCAAAUGAGCUGGGCUUCGGUGCCGUCCGCGGUGACGCGGCGCUCGGCAGCUGCGACGGCCGCGCUGGCCGCGCACAUCCUUGGAAGUUCAAGAAGUGCUCGGGCGGAUGGCCCCAUUGAAGACUUCCAGAGGAGGUUGGACAAAUUUUCCGAUGAGCUCGAUGCGAUGGCUGAUCAGUACAACCCGAUCACCUACACCUCGCCGAGUGGGGUCGUCUUCGAGUUUCCAAACCCCAUCGACUACAUGAUCGGGAGUGGCCAGGGAGCCAAAUCGGACUUAUGGAAGGAUCGAGAGAACUCCAUCUACAACAAGGCCAUCCGGGCAGAUCCCGCUGGAGCCUUCAAGAAGCAGGUUGACAAAGCAACCGACGUGUGGAAGCAGAUGUCUUCCUCGAUUGAACCGAAGCUGGAGAGCGAAAAGCCCAAGAUUCAGGACGUCCGUUCUGCGGUGCUUUUGCGGAAGACUCCUCUGCUGGAAACCAUGACUUCUGCCGCUGAUAUCCUCAAGGGCGAGGGACAGGAAGCCUUUGACCGAGAGUCCCUAGUCCAGCAGCAAGACGCUUUGGACAAAGCCUUGAGCCGGGUUGUCGGAUACGCGGAAGCACGGCAAGUAGCUGGAGUGCGGCAGUCCUACUAUGAAGCCAAAGACAUCUUCACCAGCUGGACUGUCUCGCGUGUUGGACGCUAG